AUGAAUAACCAAGCUGAGUAUGAGGCCUGCAUUAUUGGAAUUGACGCUGCAAUUGCUCUUGGAGUCGAAAAGCUCGAAGUAAUCGGAGAUUCAAACCUGGUAGUCUCUCAGGCCAAUGGAGAUUGGAGGGUUCAUGGGGAAAAGUUGAAGCCUUAUCACCGAGAUUUGGAAGAACUAAUUCGUCGCUUCAAUAAGGUGACUUUCACCCAUAUUCCACGUUUGAAGAAUCAAUUCGCCGAUGCUUUUGCGACUUUGGCUUCAAUGAUUGAACUUCCAGUAGGUGUUAGGUUACGGCCGAUCGUGAUUGAACAAAGGGACUUGCCCGCAUAUGAGUACGUCAACGCCAUCGAUGAUGGCCUACCCUGGUACCAUGACGUAUGGAACUUUGUGGAGUAUGGGGAGUUCCCCGCUGAGGCCACCAGAAAGGAUCAAGUUGCUUUGCAAUGGUUAGCUGCCCAGUACAUCAUUUGUGGGGGGAAAUUGCACCAGAGAUCUCAUUGUGGAAUGCACAAGCUAUGUGUCAACGAUGCCGAUGUAGUAAGGAUAAUGAAGGAGAUUCACGAAGGAGUCUGCAGUCCUCACAUGAGUGGUGUCAUGCUAGCUAGGAAGAUCCUAAGGCAGGGCUACUACUGGUCUACUAUGGAGUCUCAAUGCAUCGACUACGUGCGACGACCUUCUGUUUCAAAUGGUCACAAAUUCAUACUAGUGGCGAUAGAUUACUUCACCAAAUGGGUUGAAGUUGAGUCUUACAAAACUCUAAUGACGGUUCAAGUCGCCCAAUGUAUUCAAAAGAACAUCAUCUAUCGAUAUGGUGUCCCACAGGCAUUUGUAUCCGAUAAUGGGUCUCAUUUCAAAGGCAGGGUUUUGGAGCUAUUCGAAGAAUUCAAAAUCCAGAUCCAUCAUUCAACAGUCUAUCGUCCACAAACAAAUGGAGCAGUUGAGGCCGCAAACAAGAAUGUCGAGGUUAUUAUCAAAAAGACUGCUGAAUCUGCAAGGGACUGA